UGGUGAGCACAGUACAAACACAGAUUUACCGAUACUCAGCUGAUGGGACUUUUUCUCCUCAUUAUAUGUUUCAUUGUAUGCAUUUGGCCUUCGAGCAGAUAGGAGUUUCACCGGGAUCUGCGAUAAAAGAAGCAGCUGAAUCCUGAUGUCUGAACCUACAUACUGGUUUGUGGUUCUUUUCCUUGGGACACUUACGCCACGUCUGCAAUCAGCAGUGGUUGUGGAGCGGAGAGAUGCAUUCCAGCUGUUGCGGAAUGUCCGAAAUCGCAGGGCAAAUUACUUUCUGGAGGAGAUUACGCCGGGGGAUCUUGAGCGGGAAUGCUAUGAGGAGCUGUGCUCUCAGGAGGAGGCUGCAGAGAUCUUUCAGAGCAAAGAGAAAACGCUGGAGUUUUGGUAUCGAUACCAAAGGUCGGAGCAGUGCAGAGAUAACCCCUGUUUAAAUGGUGGGGUCUGCAGUGUGGAUCAGAGCGGUUCUGUUUGUGUUUGUCCGCCGCGCUACACCGGACCACACUGUGAAACAGAGGUGUUUGAGUGCGAGUACAAGAACGGAGGGUGUUUACACUACUGCAGUAACUCCGCCCCCACUCGCACGAGCGUCACCUGCAGCUGUGCCGAAGGAUACAAACUGGAGCCCGAUGGAAAGAGCUGCCAAGAGACAGCAAAGUAUCCCUGUGGAAAGCAGUGGCGUCACGGCUCAAUGCUCCGCUCCUUACUGGACGAUGUUGACCACACCCCCCCACCCUCAAACCACACCCACCUGGAGAAUGUUUCUUACUCUGGACUCAAUGACUCGGAUGACUCGGGGACACGGAUUGUAGGAGGUCAGCUGCAGCCACAGGGUGGGAGUCCCUGGCAGGUUCUGCUACGCAAGAAGGAUGAAAAUGGGUUCUGUGGAGGAACUCUGAUCAGCCCACGCUGGGUCAUCACAGCCGCUCACUGUCUGCAGGAAACACCUGACCAUGUGACCAUCGGUGAUUAUGACAAGUUGCGUCCAGAUGAAGGUGAGCAGCAGAUUAGAGUGGAGAAAGUCGUGGUCCAUCCUCAUUUCCACGAGUUCACAUUCGACAGUGACAUAGCACUGCUGUACCUGUCCCAGCCUGCGGAGUUCAGCACCGUGGUCUCACCUGCCUGCCUGCCCAAUGCUCACCUGGCCCAGGUGCUGAUGAUGGAGAAUCAGCGCGGCCUGGUGACCGGCUGGGGCGCCACGAGUUACCUGGGCCGCUCCUCGCGCUUCCUGCGGAAGGUGGUGCUGCCGGUGAUUGGCCAGGAGGAGUGUAUGAGGUCCACCGAGCAGGUCGUCACCGACAACAUGUUCUGCGCCGGGUUCCUCCAGGCGGAGAUGGACGCGUGCACCGGGGACAGCGGGGGGCCGUUCGUGGUGAACUACAGGGGCACCUGGUUCCUCACAGGGAUCGUCAGCUGGGGCGAGAAGUGCGCCGCAGAAGGAAAAUACGGCGUUUAUACGCGAUUCAGCAACUUCCUGCAGUGGAUACACGACGAGAUGAAGAAGCAGGAAGAGAUCGUCAGACAGAACACAACAGCCACCAACAGUCCAAAAACCCUGCAGUGAUUCCUGAUCAUAUUUAAUUAUUGAGAUAAAACUCAACUUUUUUAAUGUGUUAAGAGAAACGUCCACCAAUUGUCUGCAUAAAUAAAUGGCUAAGAUGUAAACAAA